UAGCUGCUGCCUCUUAACCAUUGAAUCGCUGGUGUUUUGUAUGAAAUCUGCAGAGAAUUAUGCCUCAGAGCAGGACUUCAUUAUCCACACAGCCGUCCAGUAACAGUGCUCACACGCGCCGCUAUCGGACACGUGCCCAGACUUCCCAAGUGGAUGAAACUCUUUUUGGAACAGUCAAACAGUCUGCAUGUGAAGUUAAGAACCUUGUUAAAGAUGAAACCAAGUCUCGCUGUGCUUCAGCCCCCGAGCCACGAAAGCCUGAUACAAUCCGUCUCAUCACCAAGGACCUCAUCAGGGACCUCAGAAUCCCCAACAAGGACCCAUCUGGACAGUCUGUCAUCCUCCACCAGGCUGAAAUUGAGCACAUCAUGGCGAAUGCUCAUGUGCUCCCAAAAGAGGAAAGAGAAGCGACACUGGAGACCCAGCGCAAAGCUUGGGAAGAGGCCAUGGAUGCUGCUGAGGAACGGAAGAGGCUCAUGCAGCAAGCAGACUUGUCCCGUCGGAAGAACCAAGCCCUUAGUGAGCUGGAUGUGGAGACUCGGGAUCGUGCUCAGUACUUACUGGAGAGAGCAAACAUCCUGAGAACGGAGCAAGAAGAUGAGGUCAAGAAGCUUAACGAGCUGAUUCUGAGAGCGCAGUGCCACGCGGUGAGGGACGCUCAAAUUCAGGAGAAGAAGCAGAUUCUGUCUGAGUUGCAGGAGGAGGAGCGUAGGCUGGAUGCCAUGAUGGAAGUGGAACGUCGGCGGGCCCUUGAGAUUCAGGAACAGAUCGACGAGCUCCGCAAAAAUCAGAGGAUUCAGGGGAAGAUGUGCAUCCUGAAACAGAUUGAGGAGCGUCAGGAGGAACGCAUGCUGCAGGAUGAGCUGAAGGAACAGGAAGGGCAGAAGAUGCUGGAGAACCUGGAGAAGUUACAAAUGGAGGAGAUGGAGGCGAUGGAAAAGAGGAAAGCAGAGCAAAAAAGGCUUCAGCUGGAAAUUCUGAAAAUCAAUGAGCAAAAUCUGCUUGCCAAGGAGUGCAGGAAAGAAGAGGAGAGGAUGGCUGACCUUCAUGCUCUGGAACAUACACGCAAGAAACUGGAGCGAGAUGCGGAGUAUGAGGCUGAACAGAGACGAAUAAAGAAAGAGAAGGAGAAAGAAGUGGCACGACUGAGAGCACUACAGGAAAGAGAACGAGACUAUAAAGCUGAACAGGAUGCGCUCAGGGCUCGUAGGAACCAGGAGGCUGCUGAAAGGGAAUGGAGAAGGAAAGAAAAAGAGCAGACAAAGAAAAAGCUGGAGGAGGAGGAGAGAUUGAAGGCUGCUCGUCUUGACCAAAUCACCCAUAAAGAGCGGAUGCUGGCUAUUGAAGCUGGACGAGAGAGGGCUGAGUUUGAGAGGGUUCUGAGGGUCCAGCAGGAGCUCAUCGAACGGGAGAAGGAGAAGGAAAAACAGCAUCAGAAGCGGGCCCUGCGCCAUGCUGAGGGGAUCCGACAGCAGGUUCGGGAGCGGGAGGCUCAGGCCAUCACCCAGAGGCGAGAGCGGUUCCUUGAAGGAGAAAAGCUGGAUGAAGAAGCACGUCUCCAUCGAGCAUAUCUGGACAAGAUUAAACAGAAGAAGCUGAAGGAGUUGAAGAUGGCUGGUCUUCCAGAGAAAUACUGCCGUGAGGUGGAGCGGAAGAUUCAUACCUUACCCCCUCUGGUGCGUUGA